AUGUCAAAAUUAGAACAGGAAGAGAAAACUUUAAAUCCUUCGGAAUCUAAUGAGGAAGAUUUUGAAGAAUAUGAUGAUGAACAACCUACCAACUUUAUAGACAAGAUUGGUCUCAGAUUCAAUGCUGAGAUCAGAGGUAUUCAAAGAGUACCUGAGAAUAAAAGAGUUGAUAAAACAUUACUAUCUCCUCUUUUUAUGUUCUUGUCUCCUAACUUGGCCAUUUCUGCUUUAUCUACAGGUGCAUUAGGUCCUACAUUAUUUGGACUAGAUUUCAAGACUUCUAUCAUAGUCAUUGUUCUUUGGUCUAUUAUUGGUGCUUUACCAGUCGGGUUCUAUUGUUCAUUUGGUAUGAAGUUCGGUUUAAGACAACAAAUCAUGUCUAGAUACUUUACAGGGAAUAUUAUGGGAAGAGUAUUCGCAUUAUUCAAUGUCAUAUCUUGUAUAGGGUGGAAUGCGAUUAAUGUUAUUCCUUGUGUUCAAUUAUUAACAGCAGUUGGUCCAUUGCCUGCCUGGGCUGGUUGUCUUAUAUUUGUUGUUAUUACUUGCCUCUUGGCCGUUUUUGGUUAUAAGACUAUUCAUCUUUAUGAAAGAUACAGUUGGAUUCCAAACUUUGCUAUUUAUUUGGUUAUUAUAGCUAGGUUCAGUCAAUCUCAUUCCUUUACUUGGGGUACAAUGGAAGGAUCUUCUGCAACUAAAGCUGGUAAUGUUUUGACGUUUAUUUCUACUAUUUUUGGUUUCACUGCAGGAUGGGCACCUUCCGCCGCUGAUUAUACUGUUUAUAUGCCACAUGAUACACCGGCUUGGAAAGUAGGUUCAGCAAUGGUUAUUGGUUUAUCUGCUCCAACCAUUUUUGCUGCCAUAUUAGGUGCAGCAAUUGGAAUGGGAACUUUCACUAAUGAAGCUUAUUCUAAUGCUUUUGAAGAAAACUCAGUUGGUGGUUUAGUCUAUGAAAUUUUAUGUGGAGAUAACACCAAUCAAGGUUAUAGAUUUGUUGUUGUAUUGUUAGCAUUGUCUGGUAUUGCCAAUAAUUUGCCUGGCUCUUAUUCAUUAUCGGUUUCUAUUCAAUGUAUGUGGUCACAAUUAGCUAAGGUUCCGAGAUUAGUAUGGUGUGUCCUUGGUAAUUUCCUAAGUUUAGGUUUAUCAAUUCCAGCAUAUUACGUAUUUGAAGCUGCUAUGUCUAAUUUCUUAUCCAUCAUUAGUUAUAAUGUUUCAAUUUAUCUUGGUAUUUCUUUAACGGAACAUUUCAUCUACAGAAAAGGAUAUUCAGGUUAUGAUGUCAGUAAUUUCAAUGAUAGAAAAACUCUACCAGUUGGUAUUGCUGGUGUAGUAGCAUUUUGCUUUGGAGUUGUUUCUACUGUCUUAUGCAUGGAUCAAACUUGGUAUGUUGGAGUUAUUGCUCGUAAAUUGGGAGACUAUGGUGGUGAUAUCUCUUUUGAAUUGAACAUUGUAUUUGCUUUCAUUGGAUAUAAUUUGGUUCGUCCAUUUGAAAAGAAGUAUUUCGGUCGUUAG